AUGGGUUUUGAUUUGAGACAAGUAGUUGCUGGUAUCCUCACACUCACAAUGUUUGUCAUGCUUAUUCAUAUGAUUAAAAGGGAUCAUUUUGAUUCUGUUCAAGAUAAAACAUUUCCAGGAACAGACGAUGCAACCUACGAAACUGUAAAGAUGGAUGCUACACAUGUAACAAAGAAUAUAGGACUUUGGAAGGGAGAUACCGACGAGUUAAAACCGUGUUGGGUUAAGCCAUCUGGAGAUGAAGUGGAGCAGACGGAGGGAUUUGUUACCUUUUCAUUAACCAAUGGCCCCGAGUAUCAUAUAUCUCAGAUAGCGGAUGCGGUGAUUGUGGCUAGAAGUCUCGGGGCAACACUUGUAGUCCCUGAUAUCAGAGGAAGCAAUCCUGGGGACAAGAGGAAUUUCGAGGACAUUUAUGAUAUUGGUGUGUUCACAAAAAGCAUGGAAGGAGUUGUCAAAGUGACAAAGGAACUUCCUACUCAAGUAACAACAAAUAAAAUUGCUGCAGUGAAGGUCCCUAAUCGGGUUACCGAAGAUUACAUAGCUAGACACGUGGAACCAAUCUAUAGAUCAAAGGGAAAUGUAAGGCUAGCGACUUACUUUCCUUCAAUAAACAUGAGAAAGUCAGGGAAAAAAGGUGACACCGAUUCCAUUGCAUGCUUAGCAAUGUAUGGAAGCUUGGAGUUGCAGCCGGAAAUGCACAACCUUGUUGACUCAAUGGUUGAAAGACUCAGAACUUUAAGCCGAAAAUCAAAUGGUCAAUUUAUAGCUGUUGAUUUGAGAGUUGAGAUGUUGAACAAGAAGGGUUGCCAAGGAAAUGAUGAUAGUGACGGUGAGAAGAGCUGCUUCAAUCCACAGGAGAUUGCGAUGUUUUUGAGGAAGAUCGGAAUUGAUAAGGAUACCACAAUUUACGUGACACAAUCAAGAUGGGAUGAUAGCCUUGAUUCUCUUAAGGAGUUUUUCCCUAAAACUUACACAAAGGAAUCCAUCAUGCCGGCGGAUAAGAAAGCGAAGUUCCUAGACUCGGGAGAUUCUGAAUUGGAGAAUGUGAUUGACUUUUAUAUUAGUACCGAAAGUGAUGUUUUCGUACCAGCAAUUUCAGGUCUAUUGUACGCAAACGUAGCUGGUAAGAGAAUUGGUUCUGGUAAAACACAAAUAUUAGUUCCGUCGGAAAUCUCAGAUUCAUCGGCUUCAGCCUCAAGUUUCUUGUCCCCUUAUAUCUCAAAGAAAAACCACUUUGCAUAUUCUUGUUACUGUUAG